AUGGUCACUCUGCGUAUCAUCAGUGUCACCAAUGCUACCUCUUAUCACCAUCAUCAGUCGCUGUAAUAUACUCGCACGUAGUACCACGCUCAUUCUCUUUCCUAAAAACAACCAGUUCUUUUUCCAAAACCAUACGUUCACCAUGGCUUCAGUUGAUUUUAAAACUCCACAAGGUGUUCAAUAUCUUGAGAACUUCUUAAGUGCUAAAAGUUACAUUGUCGGCUACGAACCUUCUAAAGCCGACUUAGAUACUUUUGCCGCUGUCCCAGCACCACAAGUUAAGACUCCCAAUAUACUAAGAUGGUAUAACCACAUUAAAUCUUUCUCCGACAAGGAAAAAGCUCAAUUUCCUAACAAAAAGGCCGAAUUUUCUACAGUUGGUGGAGGAAGUACUGCUAAACCAGCUGACGACGAUGAUGAUGUCGAUCUAUUCGCUUCAGAUGAUGAGGAGGAUGAAGAAGCAGAGCGUAUUAAACAAGAAAGGUUAAAAGCGUACACUGAAAAAAAAGCCACUAAAAAAGUUGUAAUUGCAAAGAGCAGUAUUGUAUUGGAUGUGAAACCCUGGGAUGAUGAGACUGAUAUGAAAAAAUUAGAAGAGUCUGUAAGAACAAUUCAAAUGGAUGGUCUCGUGUGGGGAGCUUCUAAACUUGUAGAAAUUGCUUUCGGUAUCAAGAAACUUCAAAUUAUGUGUAUUGUUGAAGAUGACAAAGUAUCCGUGGAUGCUUUAGUUGAAACCAUUCAAGAAUUCGAAGAUUUCGUUCAAUCUGUCGAUAUCGCAGCAUUUAACAAAAUUUAAGUUUGCUGUGUUCUUUAUUUACCAAUUAAUUUUGAUUUCUGCUUAAUGAAAAUAUAUACUCAUUUUUACCAAA